CCUGAGAGUGAGGAAUGCCUCUCGCCAGCUGUGCCUGAACCGCAGCACUCCGGCCACUGCUGUCUCCUUAGCCGCUCGGAUACCUUCACAGUUCAGGAUUCCACUGCAAUGAGUUGGUGGAGGAACAAUUUUUGGAUCAUCUUAGCUGUGGCCAUCAUCGUUGUCUCUGUGGGCCUGGGCCUCAUCCUGUAUUGUGUCUGUAAGUGGCAGCUUCGACAAGGCAAGAAAUGGGAAAUUGCCAAGCCCUUGAAAAACAAGCAAGCAGAUGAAGAAAAAAUGUAUGAGAAUGUUCUUAAUGAGUCGCCAGUUCAAUUACCGCCUCUGCCACCAAGGAAUUGGCCUUCUCUAGAAGACUCCUCCCCACAGGAAACCCCAAGUCAGCCGCCACCUACAUACUCAUUGGUAAAUAAAGUUAAAAAUAAGAAGACUGUUUCCAUCCCAAGCUACAUUGAACCUGAAGAUGACUAUGACGAUGUUGAAAUCCCUGCAAAUACUGAAAAGCAUCAUUUUGAAACAGCCAUUUCUUCUUUUUGACAAAACUGAAGAGGGUUCACACGACUUAUUUUAAAACAAUGAAGAAUGGUUAACUUCAGUAGGUCUCUGGGCCCUGAAAGCCAGUGGUGAUUUUAUGAAGCUCUAUAAGAUAAAGCACUUGCCAAACCUUAGAUGAAGGCACCCCGGCAAUCAGAUGACUGCAGCCAGAGGACAGACAUGGGUGCUCGGCUCUGAGGACUUAGAGGGGUCAGCCUUGCGUCGUUGAGGGAAGUUUCCACGGGAAGGACCAUGGGGCUCCACGGCUCCCACCUGUGAGAAACUACUCAUUUCUUGGCACUCUUUCCCCCUUCAUUCCCUUUGGUUUGCAUGGUUCUGAGUGAUCUGAAAUCUCUGCAUUUGGUGUUGCA